AUUAUCCAAACUACAAGAAAACUAAACACUUUUUGCAAUCUAAACUCUCCAAUCACGACACAAAGUAGUGCCACGUGGCAAUAACCCACCUCACCUUCUUCUUCUUCUUCUUCCUCAGACCACCCAAGGACACAUCAUCUCUCUUUACUCACUUCCAGUCUUCCACCAUGUCUGCGGCACUGAGCUCGUCUCUUUACAUUUCCCCAAAGAAACCUUCAUGUCCACAACAAUCUCAACCCACAACCUUAUCCACGAAACCCAACACCAUCAAAACCACUCUCCAUAGCCACCCUCUCUUCUCUGUAGCCGAUCAGGCAGUAGCCUUCCAGAUGAAAGAGAAGAUCCUCUGUCUCGAGCUCAUGGGAAUCGACUCAGGCAAGGCCCUCUCUCUAAACCCUUUUCUCCGCUCAGCAUCCCUUAACUCCAUCGAAUCCGUCCUCCAUUUCCUCCAAUCGAAAGGAAUCUACCCAAAUGACCUCCCAAGAAUCUUGGGGAUGUGUCCCACGAUCCUCACUUCUGACAUCAGAACAGAACUCAGCCCUGUUUUCAUGUUCCUGUCGAAUGAUCUCUACGUCCCUGAGAAUGGAUUCAGAAGAGUCAUCAAGAAAUGCCCGAGGCUCCUGAUUAGCAGCGUGGAAGAUCAGCUCAAGCCUGCUCUUUUCUACUUGCAGAGACUUGGUUUCAAGGAUCUUGAUGCUCUUGCUUACCAAGAUCCUGUCUUGUUGGUGUCUAGUGUUGAACACACUCUCAUCCCAAAGCUUAGAUUCUUGGAGAGUAUAGGGUUCUCGAGAUCAGAGGCGAUUGGAAUGAUCCUUAGAUGUCCGGCUCUGUUCACAUUCAGCAUAGAGAACAACUUCAAACCAAAACUAGAUUACUUCAUGAGUGGAAUCAAAGGAAAGCUGGAGAAUCUAAAGGAGUUUCCACAGUAUUUUGCGUUUAGUCUGGAGAAAAGGAUAAAACCGAGGCACCUGGAAUCGAUGGAGAGAGGUUUAGAGUUGCCAUUGUCGUUGAUGCUUAAGAGCACUGAUGAAGAGUUCGAGCAAUUGCUACAGAAGCCCUCUUCAGUAGCAAAUGUGUAAUAUUAAUUCAUUGUAUAUGGUUUGGGGAUUUGGGGAAUAUUACUGUGUGUUUAUUGAUUGUGUUCAUAGCUUAUAUAUUAACAUUGUUCCCUUCCAUGUGUCUCUAAACAAAACUGUCAAAGUCUAUGGUUGACUAGUGGUUGCUAAUUAUAAAAAUCAGUGAUAAAUUUCGUUAUCCGUAA